GCUGCGCCGCUCGAUGGGCACGUCCCCCCUCUCUGCGGCGGAGGAGGAGGAGCGGCAGCGCCGCUCAUUGGGCACCUCUCCCGUCGCGCCGGGCUUGCUCGAGGCUGCGGCGGGAGGCGCGUCGUGCGGCGCAGACGAGGCGGCGCCGAUGGAGACGGACGGCUGCUCGGACGCGGGCUCACCCGCUGCGUUCGACGACAACGAGUCUCUCGACGGGAGCGACGGCGGCGGCGACGAGACACAGGAGCCCGACGGCGGACCGACACUUGACGAGCUCGUGCGGCAAAGCAUCGAGGAAAAGUUCGAGCAGCCGCCGCAGCCAGCCGCGCCGAAGCCGCGGGCGGGUCGCAAGCGGAAGACGUCGCUCGACCGGAUCGGCCGCCUCGAAGGCGAAGUCGCGGCGCGGACCGGCCUCGUCGUGGACCCAGCCUCGCAGGGCGCGCGCCGCUCGAAGGGCAACCGCAUCCAGCCUCUCGAGUACUGGCGGAAUGAGCGCGUCGAGUACGGCCGCCGCGACUCUGCAAAGUUUGAGUGCCCCGGGGGGGUGACCCGCAAGCCGCGUGACGCGACCCCCGUCUGGGAGAAGCGCGCGCGCGAGCGCAUCUCGAAGCCGCCGGAGCAAAAGAAGGGCAAGUAGAGAGGCGGAAGGCGCGGAAAAAGAGGCGCCUCCGUGCGCAAACUUCAGAGGGACUCUUAUGAGUUAUGCUCCGCAACGAAACCACUACGUGCUAUAUGA